UUGCUGGAGAGAGGCAAGGCGCACGGUGAAAGCAGCUGGCGACAGAGAAGAUGGACGGGAGAAGCGAGUUCCUUUGCGGGGUUGUGGAAGGGUUCUAUGGGAGGCCCUGGUCUAUGGAGCAGAGGAAGGUCCUUUUCCAGUGGAUGCAGAGGUGGGAGUUGAACACCUAUCUGUACGGUCCUAAAGAUGAUCUGAAACACAGACUACUCUGGAGAGAGGUCUACUCCCCUGAAGAGGAGGGUCAGUUGCGUACUUUGAUAGUAGAGUCAGAGAAGAGAGGUCUGAGGUUUGUGUACUCUCUCUCUCCUGGUCAAGACAUUGUCUUCUCUUCUUCCUGCGACCUCUCCCUGCUUAAACGCAAGCUACGACAGGUGUCAAAGUUGGGUUGCCAGGCAUUUGCGAUCCUUUUUGAUGACAUCGACCACUCCCUGUGUCAGGCUGACAGUCAAGCCUUCUCCUCAUUCGCUCACGCCCAGGUUUCAGUUGCCAAUGAGAUCUACCGAUUCCUGGGAGAGCCGCCCAUCUUCCUGUUUUGUCCAACAGAGUACUGUGGAUCUCUAUGUUCUCCCAGUGUAUCUAAGUCUCCAUAUUUGAUGACUGUUGGAGAGGACCUGCUGCCUAACAUCUCUAUCAUAUGGACCGGUAGUAAGGUAAUCUCUAGAGAGCUGAGUGUAGAGGGUCUGUCUGAAGUACAGUCUGUCCUACAGCGCCCUCCUCUGGUGUGGGACAACCUGCACGCAAAUGACUACGACUCCAGACGUCUCUUCCUGGGUCCCUUCAAGGGUCGCUACCCCCAGCUUGCCACCCAACUCCGGGGCUUGCUGCUUAACCCCAACUGCGAGUUCGAGGCCAACUACAUACCCCUGCACACGCUGGGGACUUGGUACCGCACUGGGAGGGAGGAGAAGAAGGAUGAGGAGUACCAGUACUGUCCAGAGAUGGCGCUGUCUACUGCACUGCACGACUGGAUGGGAGAGCUCAGCCAACCACUGCAGCCAGGUCGCCAGAGCAGACAGGCAGACCAGAGGUCAUCAGGUCAAAAGUCGGGGACCCUAGAGAGUGAAAACUGUCACCCCACCACCAAAGAAGGUCGCCCCAAACCCCCUAGAGAACCUCCGCAGGGGGACAGCCCUCCCCCCUCCAGCCCUGAGGGAGAGGAAGGGGUGUGGAGGGGGGAGAAAGAAGGAAGGAGUGAGGCAGGAGACGGAGAGGAGAGAGAGAAGAAACUCCACAACAACCAGUUCCAACAAGGGCCAGGCCAGCCAAUGGGUCCAGGGGGGGUGCUGUGUGUUGGGAAGGCUCCUCUAAGCGAGUCCCAAAUCCGGCUGCUGGUAGGUCUCCACUACCUUCCCCAUGAGCACGGCCCGUCAGCCCAGAGACUGUUACAGGACCUCACCUGGCUCAAAGAACACUGCCACCUGGUCAGCGCUAACGACAAGAAGGGGCCGCCGCAGAAGGCGGAGGAGUGGCGUGGCCGAGCGGCCGGGUUCCUAGGUGUGUGUGAGGAGAUUGCAGCGCUGCACAGUAGUGUAGUGAGUGGAGUGAGCAAGGCCGUGCUGUAUGACCUUUACCCUUACGUAUGGGACCUCAGAAACACUGCACUGGUGGCCAAGGCCUUCAUCUGCUGGCUCGAUGGGCGUGUGUUAAGUGACAGCUCUCCGUUGGGUUCCUGGAGGAACUGCUUCCACUGGUGCGGGACGACCACGGGGGCAGAGUUACUGGGGGUGGAGUCAGAACCCUGGGUGUUCAAAGGGGGAGUGUCCGGAGAGUUGCAGAUGCUUCUCCCUAUAGGCAGUAACAGUGAACUGUUCAGCCACCCUCCUCCUCUCUUCCCCACCUCACGACUCUACAACAUACGACCCUACCACAACAAGGACAAGGUGGAGCUGUAUUGUAUGGUGCGCCAGCUUCAACAGAGAGCCCAGGGGAGCCCUGAUUCCAGCCCAGCACAUCCUGACCUCAUUGGAGACAGGUGUCUGGGGCCCUGCUUGGCUUUGUGUCCUGAGUACAGCAUGGUGCUGGAGGAUGAGCUGGGUGUGUGUGGGUGUGUGUUGGGCGUCGUAGAUGUUCGUUCCUUCGCCAAGCGCUGCCAGUCCUGCUGGAUGCCCGCCAUGAGAGAUAAAUACCCACCUCGCACCGGACAUGCCAAGUCACAGGAGGUGUUGCAGCAGAUAGAGGAGGACCAAGGGGAAUACCCAGACUCUCUUCUCUACCACUUUCCCUCCCAGCUCCGCCUGGACGCUUUGCCUGACCUGGUGGACGUCAGUGUGACCCGCUGCCUGCUAACCGCACUCCUCACUGCACUUAAAGCCAAUGGUGCUCAUGGUGUGUUCUGUGAGGUGCAGCCUACAGAUCGCAUGAGGCUGGACUUCCUGGCUAAACUAGGCUUCUUGGAGAUCAUCAGAGGAGAGGCACGACACAGAGAGGGAGUGGUACUGGGCAGGCUGCUCUGAACACACACACAUGCAUACACUCUCACACACACACAGAAAUGUACACACAAGAGGUGUGAUGGUUCACCAAACCCAGGGUUCGGUAUGUAUUGCAGUUUUGAGGUCACAGUUCGGUUACGGUGCAGCGGGAAAAUGAAAUGCCAACAGUUAGCCUAUUCUAGUUACUUUUUGUUUAUUUAAGAAAAUACAAGGUGUUGGUAUUCUUGAUUGGGAAAACACACGAAUACUCAUCAAAACUACAUUUAAAAUAAAGUGCAAUAUGCGUGUGAAAUCAAUGUGUAAAAAUGGCUCAGACAUUGUAUAGGCCUAUGCUGAUAAUGUUUUUCUUACAAAGAGAAAAAGAUGUGCACUUGUGUGACUCUCAUAAAGAGAGCAUGUCUGUAGCACAGUACUUCUCAUCUCCCACUCCGAGGUAAUGUGAUGGGCUGUCACUGUGUAUUUAAUAGGGUCUUGGUUGAAAAUCGACCAACCUCAGAAUUCCCACUUCCUGUUUAGAUUUUUCUCAGGUUUUUGCCUGCCAUAUGAGUUCUAAUAUACUCACAGACAUCAUUCAAACAGUUUUCUAAAACAGAGUGUUUUCUAUCCAAUAUGAAUAAUAAUAUGCUCUGUAGAGCUGGAGGUCCAUUCAUCUGUGGUAAGCAUAACAGAGUGUGAAUUGGCAAAUUAAUUUGUCGACCUCACCUCCCGCCAUUGUACAGAACUAGUUACCGGCUGCGCCUCACAAAAUGACAGUUUUUAAAUGCACCAAUUAAGAUCACAAUUUUGAUUACAACGUGUGCAUACGCUGUAGUUGUUUUAAGGGAAUAGCCUGAAAUUGUUUUUUUUUUCAGUACAGAAUUACUCGAGGCAUACAUCGCAGCGUAGGCAAAGCAUAUAAAAAUAAAUGUAUUCAUUAAAGUUCACAGUACGACCCGAGGUCCCUGUACUGCCACCGUUACACCCCAAUACACACCCGUACAUGCAUGCACUCACACAUUCAUUUGCAUGCACGCACACACACAUUCAUUUGCAUGCACGCGCACACACACACAGCACAUGCUCAAAAACACACAUACACUCAUAUGCGCACUAAUAAACACUGUGUAGUACAAAAGGAACAAUAGAACAAAACUACUGUAAGCUUAAUCACACACAGGUGAUACAGGGUAAUGCAUGACACAGUGCUGUCUAUACACACACGAAAACGCAUGAAAAGACAGAGGGCAAACAUUCACACGAACACACAUAACACACACGCGAAAACAGAUAUGAACAUACACAAGGCUGAGGGUUAUAAGGAUGAUGAAGAUGGGCACAAAACCAAUAUGUGCAUCAAAUGGCCCACAAACCCAAACACACACACACACCGAUAAAUCCUACUCGGCGUAGGACAUAUAGCAUCAUUCACCACGUCCUUUUCUUUCUAUCUUCUAGAAGCACAAGAACAACAACGCAACCGUUAAACGUUUUAUACCUGAGACAUGUCUUCACUAGAAACCAAGAAUGUCCUUUUCUAUUGAGGAGACUUGGGCUGGGAUUCAAUCCGAUCCUGCUUGUAGACAAUGCAGCUUUUAAAGGCAAUAUCCCCACGUUUGCGGAGAUCGCAUUCAAGGGAUUUGCACGGACCCUGGAACUGACCAUAUAUGUAGCUUUAUUACUUUCUUGUGUUUGUGUUCUACUUGACUUUUUUUUAUAGUACUGCUGAUAUUGAUUACUGUACUUGUGCACGUGACAAAAAUUUGAGGAAAAAGCUGCAACAUGGAAAUUACUUUCAAAUGACAACCACGCUGCAACAAGGUUUCGGAUUGAAUCCGGCCUUGAUUGAGAAGACUAUCAGCGGUCUAUGUCUUUUACCUUUAUAAAUAAAGUGUAUUAUUCUCAUUAAAUCGAAUAGAGUUAGGUCACAGAUGGAAGGGAUUUAGUUAUCAAAAUCUUUGACUAGGUGAGUGCUUGAGAACACUACUGUCAGUGUCUAUCUAGAAGAUAGCGAAGGAGUCAGGCGCAGGACACAGGUAAGAGUAAAAAACACCGUAUUUACUCAAUACAAGAGCGUAACAAAAAUCCUGUAUUAAAACAAGGACAAAACAGGACAUCGAACUCCAACACACGAAAGACAAUUACGCACAAAACAGAAAGGGAAACCAGAUGGUUAAAUAAGAAACAUAAUUAUGCGAUGGGAACCAGGUGUGUAAACAGACAAAACAAAAGGAAAAAUGAAACAUGGAUCGGUGGUAGCUAGAAAGCUGGUGACGUCGACCGCCAAACGCCCGAACAAGGAGAGGGAACAACUUCGGUGGAAGUUGUGACAACUACAAACAUGUCCGUUUUUUUCUCUCGAUCACGUCCUAACCAUUCGUCUCCUAUCUGUGUGACUACUUUUCUAGAACAGCAGCGCUUACUAUUCAUUGUCCUUGAAUCACUGUCUCUGUCCCAAAUGACACCCUAUUCCAUAUUUAGUGCACUAUGGUCAAAAGUAGUGUACUUUUUAGGGAAUAGGGGGCCAUUGGGACGGAGCCUUUGUCUUUGUCUCACUAUGCUUGCUUCAGUGAACAAUGGUUGUUUUGUAAUGAGGUCUGUCGUUAGAUGUAUAUAGCCAGUGUUCAUUCCUUUUAAAGGCAAUGUUCCCAGAGAUCACAUUCACGGUAAAAGCUGCAGAGGUUGGUUCAAUGGAAAAUUACCUUUAAAUGUCAAGGGUGCUACAACGCAGUUUUGGACUGAAUCCCGGCCUAACUGUUCAUUCAGGGUGUGUGAGGGUUAAACUACCAUGUUACUGUGUAGAAAGAAGUCUAUGUGUUUACAAAUUACUGCAGUAAUACCAAUGUUUUAAAAUGUAACUUUUUAUAAAAAUAUUGUUUGUUGUUGACACUAUUAAAAUAUGUUUUCCUCCUUUCCUUGUGCCUUUCAGUGUCUGUUUGUCUUUCAUCAUGUCAUGAGGUUAUCUUUUUAAGAAAAAAAAAAAUUCUUCAUUUUUUUCACAUCUACAGUUCCUUCACAAAUUCUUCAUACCCCUUAUUGCACAUUUUGUGUGACAGCAUUUUGCAAAUGUAUUGAAAAUGAAAUGCAGAAAUAUUUCAGUAUUCACACCCCUGGGUCAAUACUUUGUAGAAGCACCUUUUGUCUGUGAUUACAGCUAUGAGUCUUUGGGUAAGUCUCUAAGAGCUUUGCACACCUGGAUUGUACAAUAUUUGCCCAUUAUUCUUUGAAAAAUUCUUCAAGCUCUUUAAAAUUGAUUGUUGAUCAUUGCCAGACAGCAAUUAUCAAGUCUUGCCAUAGAUGUUCAAGCCAAUUUAAGUCAAAACUGGAAAGCAGACUGAACCAGGUUUUCCUCUUAAGAUUUUGCAUGUGCUUAUAGCUGUAUUCUGUUUCUUUUUAUCCUGAAAAACACCCUAGUCCUCGCCGAUGACAAGCAUACCCAUAACAUGAUUCAGCCACCACCAUGCUUGAAAAUAUGAAGUGGUAUUCAGUGAUGUGUAGUUUUGGAUUUUCCCCAAACAUAACGCUUUGUAUUCAGGACCAAAUGUGUAUUUCUUUGCCACAUUUUUUGCAGUAUUAUGUAAGUGACUUGCUGCAAACAGGAUGCAUGUUUUGGAAUAUUUUUCAUUCAGUACAGGCUUCUUUCUUUUCACUCUGUCAUUUAGGUUAGUAUUGUGGAGUAACUACAAUGUUGUUGAUCCAUCCUCAGUUGUAUCAUAUCACAACCAUUAAACUCUGUAACUGUUUUAAAAUCA